AUGAAAGUGAAAUACACAAAUGUGCACCAUUUUACUAAAGUUUUUAUUUUUCCUUGUUUAAUAUGGACAUUAAAACAUUUUUAUAAGAAAACCUGCGAUAAAUCAUGGAACAAGGAAUUGAACAGAAAUAACGUAUUAAAUGUUAAAUUUAGAAGAUUAUUAAGUAUUGAAACAGUAGAAUCGGUCAGAGAUAAAUUUAAACUUUUAAAAAAAAAAAUAAUUAAUUUAGAAGGAGAAAGCGCUGAAGCAUUUAAAAAAAAAACAUAUGUAUUACAGAAUAAUAAACAUUUUCAUGAAGAUAAGAAAUCACCAUAUAGUGAUGCUUCUUCUUACGAUGAAUUUAAUUAUUUAAUGAAAAACUCAGAAUUUGAUGAACUUGGAGAAUUCGACUUUGAACCUAAUUUAAAAGAACAAUCACCCACAUUAGAACAUUAUGAUAAUAUUCAGUACAAUUACCAACCCAAAUCUUUAAAAAAAUUGUAUUUAAAGAAUAACUCAAUUUUAAGCCAUAACAAAUCAAGAAAAAAUUUUAGUUUUAUUAAUUAUAUAGAUAAAAUGAAUGAUGCUAUGAAAUAUACACAAAAUAAUCGAUGUAAAUCUAUAAUUUUUUACGUCCUUUUCUGGAUCGCACUAGUGUUAAUGGUUGGCUUAAUUACGAUCUUCAUUUCAUACGCAUUUAUAUUCUUUAAAUAA